GUUCCCUAGCCGCCGCGCAGAGUGCGCAGAAGCACCCAGAGCUCGGCCACGCCCCUCCGCAGGUUCCGCCUGCGCGCGCACGCCCGCAGGGUCGGUCCUCAUUUCCGGGGCGUGGCUUUCCCGGUGUGAAUUCAACUUGGCAGCGACGGGGAAGUGCGGCGGGCGGCCCGGGCUGCCCAGCUUACAUGUAAGCAUGAGUUUACUAAUGAUUGUUGAGAAUGUAAAAUUGGCUCGUGAAUAUGCACUGCUGGGAAACUAUGACUCUGCAAUGGUCUACUAUCAGGGAGUUCUUGACCAAAUGAACAAGUACCUGUCCUCAGUCAAAGAUACACACCUCCGUCAGAAAUGGCAACAGGCCGCCAUGAGCGGGUGCAGUCCAGAUUUACUGUGGGUCUUCCCACUUUUAAUGAUCCAACUAACGAAAAACCCCUCACAGGUUUGGCAGGAAAUAAAAGUGGAAGCUAAGCAUGUUAAGGACAUCAUGGAAACACUUGAGAGCUUUAAACUGAGCAGUGCUUCUUUGCAAGCUGCACAGCACGAAUCUCCAGCUUCUGAAGGAGAAGUCUGGUCCUUGCCUGUACCUGUUGAGAGAAGACCCUCACCAGGACCUAGGAAACGCCAGUCGUCUCAGCACAAUGACCCCAGGCCACACAGUAGCCGGCCAGGCCCCGUCAUCAGAGCUCAUCGGCCGUCUUCACAGAAUCUUCACAAUGACAGAGGGAAAGCUGUUCGUAGUCGUGAAAAGAAAGAACAGAAUAAGGGAAGAGAGGAAAAGAACAAAUCACCUGCUGCAGUUACAGAACCAGAGGCAAAGAAGUUUGAUGGCACGGGGUACGACAAGGACUUAGUAGAAGCUUUGGAAAGAGAUAUAAUUUCUCAGAAUCCCAAUGUUCGGUGGUAUGAUAUUGCUGAUUUAGUAGAAGCCAAAAAGCUGCUUCAGGAAGCCGUGGUGUUACCAAUGUGGAUGCCAGAAUUCUUUAAGGGCAUUAGGAGACCGUGGAAAGGUGUGCUGAUGGUUGGCCCACCUGGCACUGGAAAGACCCUUCUUGCUAAAGCAGUUGCCACAGAAUGCAAGACAACAUUCUUCAAUGUCUCUUCAUCAACUCUGACUUCCAAAUACAGAGGAGAGUCUGAGAAGCUUGUCCGUCUUCUGUUUGAAAUGGCUCGGUUUUACUCCCCAGCUACCAUAUUUAUUGAUGAGAUAGAUUCCAUCUGCAGCCGCCGAGGAACGUCUGAGGAGCAUGAGGCAAGCCGAAGGAUGAAAGCUGAGCUGCUGGUCCAGAUGGAUGGUGUUGGAGGUGCCUCAGAAAAUGAUGAUCCUUCCAAAAUGGUUAUGGUUCUGGCAGCUACUAAUUUCCCAUGGGACAUAGAUGAGGCUUUAAGACGUCGUCUGGAGAAAAGAAUCUAUAUUCCAUUACCAUCAGCAAAAGGUAGGGAAGAACUGUUAAGAAUAAGUCUACGGGAGCUGGAAUUGGCUGAUGAUGUUAACCUUGCGAGCAUAGCAGAAAACAUGGAAGGCUACUCGGGUGCAGACAUCACCAAUGUAUGCAGGGAUGCAUCCUUGAUGGCCAUGAGACGACGUAUUGAGGGUCUAACCCCAGAAGAAAUCCGGAACCUUUCAAGAGAAGAAAUGCACAUGCCUACCACCAUGGAGGAUUUUGAAAUGGCUUUAAAGAAGAUUUCUAAAUCAGUAUCAGCUGCAGACAUUGAAAGAUACGAGAAAUGGAUAGUUGAGUUUGGAUCAUGCUAGCUAUAUUCUCAUAUACUCUCACAUGUAAAUUGUGAGAAAUCUGCCUUACGUCUUUCAAAAAUAAUUAAAUGUAGAAUUUCAGUGCAUUGAGUGGUAUAUUUUUUUAAACUUUCAUAAUGGUGUGAUUUGAAAAUUCUGUUUGGUUCUGAAUAAAGAAUAUUUUUUAAGCUGCA